UAAAUACAGGCUAUUCAAUCUCGCUUUUCCGCUGUUACGAAAACAGUUUAGCAUAGUGAUUGUCCUGUUGAGAACCUAGCAGACGUACCCAGGAAUACGAAACCAAGGAAGAACACAAUAACGUAGUCAGAUGGAGCAGUAUACUUGCGGGGUCGUGCUAAGAUACCAAUGCGUUCCAGCUAACUAGCUAGAUUAUCGAUUACGAGCAGUACAAAGUAACACGAUAGUGUGUCAAAUGGUGUGGAUGCUUGACCAGGUGGUUUCAGCUUAGGGAGUCCAGUUAGACUAUGAAGCUCAGCAUGAAUGUUGGAUCUCUUCGAACCCUAGGUUAUUGAUUCCGGGGAAGUGUGGGACGCUACAACAUGCAUGGUCAUCGAUAUGCAGUACGGUACGCUACGUAUGUUCUACUUUUCAAUAGAAAAACCUAUAUUAUCACUUGAAACAGAAUUUUUGUGACGUACUACUGGUUUCUCAUUCUUCAGAGUGUGGACGAAAAAGGUUACUGGAAACCAAGUGUAACAUCUUAUUUGAUUGCGAUAUAUAUAUAUAUAUAUAUAAACAUUACCUGUACCUAUGCUUGACAAUCUUUGAAUGCCACUAUUUCAUUCACUGAAAGAUUUUGGUAUUUCACCGGGAAAAGUCGUUGAGAAGCUGGUCACAGGAUUUCUGAUACGAAUACUUCCGUGAUCUGAGACUUCUGUGGCGAAAGUUUGCAUCAACAGUCAUUAGUGAGGGGAUAUUUACUUAACUCUGAAAUAUGGACAUUACCUUUUUCACUUAUUUUUGUGCACUCCUGUUUUAUUUUCGUUCAGGAGAAACGAAAACGAUGAAAAUCGAUACACAAGAUUGUUUUGGAUUACCAGAGAAGCCGUUUAUCAUCUAUGGUGCAGUUAUUUCCCAUACCCGUGCAAUUGGUAGGACUCUAUGUUAUUUUCAACCAUCGGAUACAAAUCAAUAUUUAAGCAUUUAUCCCACAAAAUUAGAACUACCUCGUCAAUUUGGUAGUUGUCCUAUAAUACAGAUCAAUGAGUUCACGUCUGUAAGAAAUGAAAUAAUUGAUAACAGCGAUGCAAAUAUGCUUAUACCAAUGACUGUUCCUGCAGAUACCAAAUUAAUUUUUCAAGCUAAUUGUACAAAUUAUGCUUCUAUGCAAAGUAAAGGUGUCCAUACAUCAUCACCAAAUCUGAGAAUACAAAUUCUAUUCGAUCCAUAUAGUUCAGCAGCGUCAGAUGUGACUUAUCAAUUUGUUAUAUCAUCAUAUGCUUUAGGACCUUCAUAUAAUUGUCCGUCAAAUACAUUUCGUUGUUGGGAUGCAGCUACCAAUUGUAUACCUGACUCUCUUACAUGUGAUACUGUUUACAAUUGUUAUGAUGGUUCAGAUGAAAAUGGUUAUUUAUGUACAGGGAGAAUUAACGGUAUCCCUAUUCCAUUAUUUGCAAUUAUUAUAGCAGUUUCAUUUAUCGGACUUAUUCUUCUGGUACUAACCGUUGUAUUCGUCCUACGUAAACAAAGAAAACACAAACUUAAAGAAGAGCAAACAUGGAUAGAUAUGACUAUGCAACCUCCAGCUAACGUAAAUCAACCUCUUCUUGUCGAGCGAACGUGGAUAAAUGAUAUUCAGUGAGACAAACAUUUGUUGAUUCUACCAGGGCACAAAGAUGAAGGAAUUAAUUCACUUGCUUGCGCUCUUACGGAUUCCCUACAUCUUUUAUAAACACUCCUUGGUGUACAUAUUUUCUGUUAUGUGAUUAGUAUGUAUAAGACAACUGUUUAUAAAUUCUAUUUUGCUAUAUUCAUCCAGCCUAUCGUGUUGUCAGAAACUUACCUGAGUUAAUCACACACGAGUCGAAACUUCCCUUUCCAAAUACAUUUGUAAAAUAUGUCUUAAACAGAGGUUAAAAAGACGAACCUUUUAUUUUUUUCUCAGCUGAAUCCUACCAGCAAAUAAUGAACUCCAUUCAAGUUACUUGGUUGUAUUAAGAACUUAGUAUCGGUCAAAUACUAGCCGAAUGUCACAAAAUACUGGAAAGGUCAUCCUGUUGAAUAUGCAUCCAAAGUUAUGACGAUCAUUGUAUGCAAUGUAAAACUUCCCAC